CUAGACCCUUCCUACUUGGAACCCUCCAGAGUUCGGAUCACCUCUUGCCCUAAAUUUCUCACAUAAUUACCAACUCUCCCUCUCUACAGGGUUGCUCAUCACCACAUACUCUCUCUCUCUCUCUCUCUCUCUGUCUCUGCUUUUUGUCUUUACAAUGGCGAAAUACGGAGAAGGCGAUAAGCGGUGGAUCGUGGAGGACAGGCCAGACGGAGCGAACGUCCACAAUUGGCACUGGGCCGAGACUGAUUGCAUCGACUGGUCUCGGAACCUUCUCACGAAGCUUCUCUCCGACCACACAAUACUCGACGGCGAGGGCAAUCUCUACAUCAAGACCAAGAAGGUAGAUAAGGUCGAUGGGGAGGCUUAUGUCAACGUCCGCAAGGGCAAGAUCAUACCCGGGUACGAGAUCAGCGUCACCAUCUCUUGGGAAGGCGAAGUCAAAGAUUCAGAUGGCAAAACCUUGCUACUCGCCGACGGAAUCGUAGAAAUUCCGUAUAUUGCCGACGAGAACGCCGACGAGGACCCCGAUAUCAGGGUCGUUGUGAAGGACGAGGGCCCAAUUGGGAAAAGAUUGAAAGAUGCCUUCCUUGCGAAGGGAAAGCCCUUUGUUUUGGAGCAAGUUAGGGUUUAUGUCAGUGCGAUGGCGAAGGGUGGGCCGGCGAAGGAGGAGUUGGAGGUGAAAAAGCCGGUGGCAGCGGCCGAGAAGAAGGCUGCGCCGGUGGUGGCGACCACGGCCGCACAGGGGGUAAAGAAAGAGGAGGUGAAGAAGAAGAAGAAGAAUAAAGAGGGGUUUAAGACAAUAACGUUGACGGAAAAGUUUAGUUGUAGAGCGGUAAAUUUAUAUGAGAUAUUGAUGGAUGAGAAUAGAUGGAAGGGUUUUACGCAGAGUAAUGCAAAGAUAAGUAAGGAGGUUGGUGGGGAGAUUAGUAUAUUCGAUGGGUCGGUGACGGGGACGAAUGUGGAAUUGCAGGAGGGGAAGUUGAUUGUGCAGAAGUGGAGGUUUGGGAGUUGGCCUGAUGGCAUUCAAUCAUUGGUGCGGCUUACAUUUGAGGAGCCUGAACCUGGGGUUACAAUUGUGAAACUGACACAGACUGAUGUUCCAGAGGAAGACAGAUAUGGGAAUUCAACUGUGGUGGAGAAUACUGAGAGGGGAUGGCGAGAUCUUAUUUUCAACAAGAUACGUGCAGUUUUUGGUUUUGGAAUAUGAGCUUUUCCGGUUAAAGUCUUGCCAAAGUGUAGAAUAUUCAUAAUUUCAUGUUUCAUCCAGAUUUUAGUUUUGGAUUGAACGUGGCAAUUUACUGAAUGGAAUGUUGUGGUUGUCAUCGUCCUACUAGUCCAUGUGGUUGAAGUCUGUAGUAGAGUGAUUCUCCUUUUCUUAUAUCUCUUAAUGACCACUUUUAUUGUUGAACUAAUAACUGCUUGAUGGUAAUGACCUAGAUGUGUGUCUUACAAAUCAAUACACACAUGGAUUUGAUCUGUGUGCGAUUGUUAUUA